AUGGCUGCUGUGCGUCUAUCUCGCGGGCUGCGGGCAGCUGCAAACUCGUUGUCAGGUGUUAGUUGGCCCGUGGAAGAUGGACGAAGGGUGGCCGCCGUCAUCGGCGGCGGUAUCGUCGGCACAGCUGUGGCACGCCAGCUUCAGCUGAAGCGGCCCGACUGGCGGGUUGUGCUGCUUGAAAAGAACGAAGCUUUGGCCGACGAGCAAACGGGCCAUAAUAGCGGCGUCAUCCACUCGGGUGUCUAUUAUACGCCCGGCUCCCUCAAAGCGCGCUUGUGUUUGCGUGGCAACGAGCUGCUCUACGAUUUUUGCGCACAACAGAACAUUCCAGUCACCCGCUGUGGGAAACUGAUUGUGGCCACCCACGAGGCUGAGCUGCCUCGACUACAGGCGCUCCUGGAGCGUGGCCAAGCCAAUGGCGUGCCGGGCUUGGAACUUCUUGAAGGAUCGUCUGCCGUCCAGGCACACGAGCCGCACUGUGCCGGCAUCGCCGCCAUCCAUUGCCCGAGCACGGGUAUUGUGGACUAUCGUCAAGUCACUCAGGCGCUUUGUGAUGACCUGGUGGCCCGAGGCGGUCAUGUCUACAUGGGAUCUCGGGUUGAGCGUAUUGACAGCAAGGAAAAUGAAGGAGUGCAAUUAUAUGUGGCCGGUGUCUCUACCCCUCUACACGCCGACUAUGCCAUCGGAUGUGCCGGCGUAUACAGUGAUCGCCUGGCUCGAGUCACCCGUGUGGACGGCACCUCCUCACCCGACGGCACCUGGCAUCAUCUUGCCCGACCUCCCCCCUUGCCAGACAUUGUUCCUAUUCGUGGCGAGUAUUUGGUCCUGCGUGAGAACAAGCGUCACCUCGUGCGCGGAAACAUUUACCCUGUACCUGACCCAACGCUGCCAUUUCUGGGCGUCCACUUUACCCCACGCAUGGAUGGUUCCUUGUGGUUGGGUCCAAACGCUGUUCCCGCCCUGGCCCGCCAAGGCUACUCGUGGCGAGACAUCUCUUGGCCAGAUUUGUGGGACAUGGUCGCAUCUCGGGGCUACUGGCGAUUGGCAUGGCGACACCGCUGGUUCGGGCUCGAUGAAAUUCGACGCUCCCUCGAUUUACGCGCCCAGGUGCGGUACUUGCAGCGCUAUAUCCCUGAUAUCCAAGUCGAUGAUGUGCAGCAAGGCCCGGCUGGUGUGCGAGCACAGGCUCUUGACAAAGCUGGUCAACUGGUUGAGGACUUUGUGCUGGAAACCGUGGGUCCAAACACGCUGCACGUAAUCAAUGCACCCUCCCCGGCGGCCACCUCUUCUUUGGCCAUCGCCGAAUAUGUAGUGACAGAAGCCGCCGGCCGUCUUCAUUGGGAUCCGUAA